AUUGGUCGAGGGAUACUGUUUUGAGUCAAUUCAUCAGCAUGUGGAAAUUCUGCACUGAACUUCAAGAAGUCAUAUGAGAAAGACAGCAUCUGCAUUCAGAGAACAGUUAUUGACAGCUGAUGUUAAAAGUUUAGAUAGACCUAUAGAGUAGACUACCUGCUCGUUAACGUUAAAGUUUAAGUGUGACAAUAAAAUGCUGAGAAUACUUCGUAUACUACUGAAUACAAUUGUAAUUUCUGCCUUCUUUUACCUGCCGUUUUUAGAGGCUAAACCGCCACAUAUAAUCUUCAUUUUAGCUGACGAUUUAGGGUGGAAUGAUGUGGGUUUUCACGGGUCCGAAAUUAAAACUCCUAACCUGGACAGAAUGUCCAAAAGUGGAGUCCAACUGGACAACUAUUACGUUCAGCCAUUAUGCACACCCUCUCGGAACCAGCUGAUGACGGGGAAAUACCAGAUCCACACUGGUAUGCAGCACCAGAUCAUAUGGCCAUGCCAACCCUACUGUGUGCCACUGGAUGAAAAGCUUCUACCUGAGCAUCUGAAGGAGGCAGGCUAUGCCACACACAUGGUGGGCAAGUGGCAUCUUGGCAUGUACCGCAGAGAAUGCAUGCCCACGCGUCGUGGGUUUGACUCCUAUUUUGGUUACCUAGCAGAGGCUGAAGACUACUUCACCCAUCAGCGCUGCUACCAUAUUUCUGAGCUGAAUUUGACACGCUGUGCACUGGACCUGCGUGAAGGGGAGGAGGUUGCUUCAGGAUACACUGGGACUUACUCCACCCAUCUCUUCACACAGAAAGCCAUUGAUCUCAUUGGCCAACAUGACCCCACCAAGCCCCUCUUCCUAUAUCUAGCCCUCCAAGCAGUGCACGCCCCUCUGCAAGUUCCUGAGCGCUACACCGCCCCUUACAGCUUCAUCAAGGACCCUCAUCGCAGACUUUACGCAGGGAAGGUGUCAGCCAUGGAUGAAGCUGUGGGAAACCUGACGGAGGCUCUGAUGACUCAUGACCUCUGGAAUAACACUGUGCUCAUCUUCUCCUCAGAUAAUGGCGCACAGACUCUGAUGGGGGGCAGCAACUGGCCUCUGCGUGGAAGAAAAUGGUCUCUGUGGGAAGGAGGGGUGCGGGCCGUUGGCUUUGUUAAUAGCCCUUUGCUGGAGAAACCUGGCACCACUAGUCGUGAACUCAUCCAUAUCACUGAUUGGCUGCCCACACUGUUGAAACUGGCGGGUGGUUCAACCAAGGGGAUAAGAACCCUAGAUGGCUUUGAUGUUUGGAGAACUAUCAGCAAAGGGAUGUCUUCUCCCAGACUCGAGAUACUUCAUAACAUUGAUCCACUCUACGUGGACAUUCCACCUUGUUCAAGUGAUCCUGGGCUGACCUUACCUCCAGAAUCUGCUCAAAGGCCUCAGUCUGUUGUCUCCAGAUUCAACCACUCUGAUGGGUUCGAUGUUCACAUCCACGCUGCCAUCCGCUACAGAGAGUGGAAGCUACUGACAGGCUACCCAGGCUGUCCUCUUUGGUUUCCCAGGCCAGGAUCAGUGUCUGGUCCUCAGCCCUCUCACUGGUGCCCCACCCCAAAAGCAGCAAUCCGCUUGUAUAAUGUGGUGCAAGACCCUGAGGAGCGGGACGAGGUGUCUGCACUCAACCCUAAGAUGGUAGACUUCCUUCUCCGUCGACUUCAGCACUAUCAGAGGAAUGCCAAGCCUAUUGUUUUUCCAGAUGAUGACCCAAAAUGUGACCCUGGACCCAAGGAAGCCUGGGGACCCUGGGCAUAAGUGUGCGGGCAUGGAUGUGUUGGGAAGAAGCCAUGGAUGAUGUCUGAUGGGUCUCAACCAGGGCUGUGGAAACGGGUGAUGUUAGAGGUGUUUGGGGGAGACUGAUUUAAAGUUGUGUCACUUUUAUGCUGCAUUUGACUAGGUUGCUCAAAGAUAGAAGUUGUUUGUCUCGUUCCUAUGCUUAAAUAAAAGUCCCCUUUCUCAUUUG